AUGCCUCCUUCCAACAACCCUACGGGGUUUAAUAUGAAGACCUUCACCGAUGCUGCAACAAGCAAGCAAUGGCGUGCAAAAGACCCUUGGGCGAGAUCUGAGGCAUGGCGAUACACUGGUCCAUUCACGAGAUGGAAUCGAUUCAAGGGAGCUUUCCCAGGAUUUGGAAUUGCCGCAGUUGCAUUCACUGGCUACGUUGUUUUUGAGGCUCUAUUUAUGAAGGAUUCACAUGGCCAUGGAGAAGGACAUCACUGA